UUCCAUAUUCACACAUUCAGAACAUGGAUUCAGAAAGAAAAGAAUCGAAGAGUGUGUGUGUGAUUGGAGCGGGACCAUCGGGGAUAGUGGUGGCGAGGGAGCUGAGAAGGGAAGGUCAGGAGGUGGUGGUGUUGGAGCAGAACCAUGACAUUGGAGGGCAAUGGCUAUAUGACCCAAAUGUAGAAGAAGAGGAUGACCCUUUGGGAAGAAACCCUUGGCUGAAGGUGCACAGUAGCAUCUACCAAUCUUUAAGGCUGAUGUCCCCAAGAGAGGUGAUGGGCUUCACUGAUUUCCCUUUUUCAGUGAAGAAAGGUAGAGACCCUAGGAGGUUUCCUAGCCACAGAGAGUUCCUUCUCUACCUCAAGGACUUCUGUGAAUGGUUUAAGGUCACAGAGAUGAUCAAGUUCAACACAAAGGUGCUUUAUGUGGGACCCUUAAACUAUGGUGUCUCUACUCAGGAUUUGAAAUGGCUUGUUAGAAGCAAAGAGAAGGAGAGUAAUAAGGAAGUUGAACAAGUCUUUGACGCUGUGGUUGUGGCCACUGGCCAUUACUCUAAGCCUAGAUUGCCCUGCAUUCAAGGAAUGGAGAAAUGGAGAAGAAAACAAAUGCACAGUCACGUUUACAGGUCUCCAGAGCCCUUCCGAGGGGAGAUAGUGGUGGUGGUUGGAAAUUCUUUUAGUGGACAAGAAAUAUCAAUGGAGCUUGUGAAAGUAGUGAAGGAACUGCACCUGAGUUCGAAAUCACUUGAGAUUUACGAGGGUUUAUCCAAAGUUAUAUCCAAAUACGAGAACUUUCACCUUCGUCCGCAGAUCGACAACCUUCGAGAGGAUGGGAGUGUCACUUUCACGGACGGUUCCUGCAUAAUCGCAGACACUAUUUUAUACUGCACUGGGUAUGAGUAUUCCUUCCCUUUUCUUGACACAAAGGGAAUGGUUGUUGUGGAUGAUAACAGAGUGGGUCCUUUGUAUGAACACACUUUCCCUCCAUCACUUGCACCUUCGCUUUCACUCAUAGGCAUCCCCAGAAAGAUCCUAGGGCUCCCUUUCUUUGAGUCUCAAGGAAAAUGGAUAGCUCAACUGCUUUCUGGGAAAAAGGUUUUGCCAUCAUACGAGGAAAUGAUGAAAUCAAUCGACGACUUUUAUCAUUCAAAAGAGGCUGCUGCUAUUCCUAAACGUCACACCCAUGAAAUUGGAGACUUUGAGUACUGUGACAAAUAUGGAGAAAAUGUUGGAUUUCCAAAGUUGGAAGAAUGGAGAAAAGAGUUGUGCGUAUCUUCCGUAGUCAACUACUUUGUCAACUUGGAGACUUGUCGUGAUUCAUGGUAUGAUGAUGAGAAGCUUCAAGAAGCUCUGAAAUCUCCAUACUUCACUCAACUUCAAGAUCCUUCUUUCUAAAACCUAAUUUGCUUAAUAAUUAUAUGUAAUUCUAUUUCUAAGUUCAAAACUUUCUUAAUCUUGACUCGUCCAAAUCUUUAAUUUGGCCAAAUGAAAUGUCACCAUAAAAAUUUCAUGUAAAAUUUGAAUACUAAAAUAAAAUCUUCCAAAAUUUACUAUCUUUA